UUUCAAACACAAGCGAAAAUCGAACUCAUUUCUAGAGAGAGAAAGCGAGAGAAAAAAAAUGUCAGGGAGAGGAAAAGGAGGCAAGGGAUUGGGAAAGGGAGGAGCCAAACGACAUCGUAAGGUUCUCCGGGACAACAUCCAAGGUAUCACCAAGCCGGCGAUCCGCCGUCUGGCCAGACGAGGAGGUGUUAAGCGUAUCAGUGGGUUAAUCUACGAGGAGACCCGUGGAGUUUUGAAGAUCUUUCUUGAGAACGUCAUCCGUGACGCCGUCACAUAUACCGAGCAUGCUCGCCGGAAAACUGUUACUGCCAUGGAUGUCGUUUAUGCUUUGAAGCGCCAAGGUCGUACUCUCUACGGAUUUGGUGGUUGAUAGAAAUUUGCUAUCUUUUCGUUUCUGGGUGUAGGCUUUUUAUUAGUUAGAUUAUGUAAUCUGAAUUGAUAUGAUGUGUAAUUGAUGCCUCUUAAUACAAAUUCAGUUACUUUUUAUCAA